CUUUAAAGAGAGAAACUAAGCAGUAAAAGAGACAGGAACAAAUGCACACAGUUCACCACAGCAGAUGAGAAAAGAAGAGUUUAAAGGAAGAAAGGAGGAACAGCAAAAGUGUGAGAGAAACGUGUGCACAUGCGUCCCUGGGGGUCACAUGACCCGUAUAUCCGCUUUGACACAUUUUACUCUGCCGACCGCAGGCUUGCAGGUUGGAUUUGGCAGGCUGCUGUGAGCAGUGGCGGUGUGAGUCCUGACUGACUGCUCCGACCAUGAGCUUCAACAUGAACCGUAAAGCGGCUCUGCAGCAGCAGAAGAGCCUGGACACCUACAUCCUGGAAAACUCUCCCAGGAAGGGGCUACCCUGGAGACGGCGGUCCUUAAACAAUGGAAAACAGCCCAAGAAUGGACAGAACACCGGUGGGACGCUGCCACGGGGACGCAAUCAGCUGAACCGAAUGUUCUCAAACUCCCUGGUGGACUAUACGGAUCCUCAGAGGACAAUGGUGGAGCUAGAAAAGCAAGACAAUGAAGCAUUUGGAUUUGAAGUUCAGACGUAUGGCCUCCAACUGAGGAACACUGACGAGGUGGAGAUGUGUACGUUUGUGUGCAGUGUGCAGGAGGGCAGUGCAGCAGAAACAGCAGGCCUAACCGCUGGUGACAUCAUAUUGACGGUAAAUGGUGUUAGCAUUAAAGGAUUCAACCAUCAGCGCAUUAUCGAACUGAUCCGAGAGUCCGUCAACUUGUUAAAGUUGGAGACAGUCAGUGGGAGCGUGGUUAAGAGAAUUGAACUGGAGAAGAAGAUGCGCUUGCUCAAGCAAACACUGCAUGAGAAAUGGGUGGAGCUGAAGGCCCUCACUCAGCAGGAAAAGCGUCUUAUUCGAGGUAACCUGACUGUUAGCUCUCAGCACCCUUCGGUGGAGUCGCUCAUGUCUCUCUCGUCCCCUAUGAGCCGACGCGGGUUGCGCUUUUCCAGUGACAGCAGCUGCCUGAGUGCUCUGACAGAUGACAGUGAGGACUACCUGUCCCCUGUGUUUGAUGACCUCAGUCCAUUCAGCCCCGUUGAGCCAAGCUGCGGCUUCUUCAGGGAAUUACAGCCAGACGUAGCGCCAUCCCGUUCGGCUCUGACCCGAACCCACAGCAUCAGCGGUGGCAGCAGCUGCCGAUCCCCUACAUAUGACAACAGCCGGCCCCUCUCGAUUCCCAACUCUGUGUUUGGCACUUUGCCCCGCAGAGGGAGGAGGGCAAGCAUGCGCAAACACAUUCUGAAGUUUAUACCUGGACUGAACCACUCGGUGGAGGAGGAGGAGACCACCUGAGUCAUCAUGGGCCCAUAGACUGUAGAAAUGUGAAAUCCUUUGAAAUGAAUGAAAAACUUUUUAGGCAUGUGGGGAGCAGAGAAUGAAUGUGACAUCUGUUCUUUCAACAUUUUGUAAAGUGGACUUUUGAUGUUCCAAAGUACAUUCAAAUUUUGGAACUCAUUGAGCUCUGGAAGUGACCCCUCUGAGGCUUGAGUUUGAAGGACACAAGCCACACAAGAGCAUUACGAACUUCUUUAUGCAGAUACACUCAAAGAACUGUCAAUGGACAUGUACAGAUGUAGGUAGCACAGGGAGUAGAACAAUGUAUAUGAGUGAAUGUGUCUAAUUUCAUUUGUGUAUUUCUGAAGUGCAAGUAGCAUUACCCUACCCUGAUUUUCACUCAACUGGUAGCUCUACCAGAAAACUGCAUUAAAAUCCCAUUGCAAAUGGCCAGUUUCUUUAGGAUAUCAGUAUGUGAUCUGCAACUCAUAAAGGAGAUUGCAUGAGAAUGAGAUGAGGGUGCAGUUGCCCAGGUGACCUAGAUGUGCAUGCCAUUACAUGUAGCAGCAAAUAAAGCAUGGUAUGGUAAACUAUGAGGAAUCACUCUUCAGCUGUGCUUUUGCAGCAUCAGAGUAUGUUGGAUUAACUAGUAAUAUUGAGAGACGCUGUGAAUAAAGGUCAUUUUUAAGGAGACUGUUCUGGAAAUAAGCCCAGUUUUCUCUGAGUGCUCGGGUAAGGUGGAACUGUGCUGGGCUACAUGAGUUAACAAAUACCACAGCCCUAAACCACAGAUAUAUCUGAGAAGUGUUCAAAACAGGAUGCGGUCUUGACGAAGGUGCUACCCUACUGACUAUUUUGGCUUGUUGUAGGUAACGUCUUUUCACAGACUGACAUAGUGUCUCAUUUGCCAUCGAUGUAUAAUAUACACAAAAAUGAUGAGCACAAGAUACAUUGAAAGAACUCUCUGAGCGCAUGCUGUUAGAAUAAUGGAAAUAAUGGAAUAAUGGAAAAGUGGUUUAUUCAAAUAUAUCUACAGCGAUUUUUUUUGCUGCUUCUGCCUUACAUAAGGAAGUUACCUGCACCCAGAUGAGUGUGUGAAUAAAAAAGAUACAUGCAAAAUCA